AUGCCCUGCCAGAAUCGUGAUGGGAAUGAGGACUCAGGGGUCAUCUAUUCAAUUGGGAAUCAGGAUGAAGAGAGCGUCCGUAUUAUGGGGACCCAGGCUUUUGGGCACAGUGCUCCCGAUUCUAUUAUGCCCAGUAACUGGACACAGACCUCCAUAGAUUCCUCUGAUACUAAGCGAGGUGGAUUCAGUCUGAGACAACUGUCACACCAGAAUGAUCCAAAGGAAGUCUGGACAGGAAGCAAAUGUCAUCUAUGUCCCAAGAAUGGCAAGUCCUUCACGUACUCUUUGUCCCACACUGAACACAUGAAAAUUCUUAAAGGAGAGAAGUCUUAUAUGUGUCAGGAGUGUGGAAAGUACUUCACUCAAUCUUCAAAGCUUAUUAGACACAUUAAAAUUCAUACAGGAGAGAAGCCUUAUUCAUGUCAGGAGUGUGGAAAGGCAUUUGCUCAAUCCUCAAACCUUAACAAACACAUGAAAGUUCAUACAGGAGAGAAGCCUUAUUCAUGUCAGGAGUGUGGAAAGGCAUUUACUCAAUCCUCAAAACUUUCUGUUCACAUGAGAAUUCAUACCGGAGAGAAGCCUUAUUCAUGUCAGGAGUGUGGAAAGGCAUUUGCUCAAUCCUCAAAACUUUCUGAUCACAUGAAAACUCAUACAGGAGAGAAGCCUUAUUCAUGUCAGGAGUGUGGAAAGGCAUUUGCAACAUCCUCAAAUCUUAACAUACACAUUAAAAUUCAUACAGGAGAGAAGCCUUAUUCAUGUCAGGAGUGUGGAAAGGCAUUUGCUCAAUCCUCAACCCUUAACAAACACAUGAAAAUUCAUACAGGAGAGAAGCCUUAUUUAUGUCAGCAGUGUGGAAAGGCAUUUGCUCGAUCCUCAAACCUUUCUGAUCACAUAAAAAUUCAUACAGGAGAGAAGCCUUAUUCAUGUCAGGAGUGUGGAAAGGCUUUUGGUGAAUCCUCAAGCCUUAACAGGCACAUGAAAAUUCAUACAGGAGAGAAGCUAUAUUCAUGUUCGGACUGUGGAAAGGCAUUGCUUUAUCCUCAUACCUUAAUACACACGAAAAUUUACACAAGGGUCCAACCAUUUUUGUCCGCCUGCUUCAGUCUCAUCUUUGGGCCGUCUUCUGAACUGCUUCCCUGGGUCUUGGGGUCCCCGCCGGAGUGGGGGUUCCUGGAGGAACGAUUUUCCUCUCUGGCCUGCAAGCAGCUGGCUGCUCUGAGCGCUCUUGAGUGGAGGCCCUGGGUCUGGCCAGGCCUGCAGCAGUGCAGGUCCCUACACUUAGGCCAGAAGUGGAUCUUCCCCAGUAAUUCUGGUGGACAAACCUCACUGCUCACCUAUCUGGCCUAUGGGGACAUGGGCCUGGGUCAGAUUCCCCUUUCCUGA